CUCUUUUCUUCCUCUCUUGCAUCCCUCGCUCCACUGCCACUCAUCAAGGCUGUCAGCCUUCGCUUCAUUACGCUCCAUCCCCAGUUGUUGUGAUAUUGUGGCGAGAGUGGUGAGGUGCUACAGCUGGUCCUCCUGGCCAGCUUGGAGCAGAGAUGACAGUCACGUACUCGCGCAGGGUCGCAGACGCCCGCCUGGGCACCUUCUCCCACCUGCUGCUGCGCUGGAAAGGAAGCAUCUAUAAGCUCCUGUACAGAGAGCUAUUCAUCUUCACUGUGCUGUACUACGCCAUCAGUAUCCUCUACAGGUUCCUCCUGGAUGAUGGACAGAGAAGGCUGUUUGAAAAGCUCGCCAUCUAUUGUGAUCAGUACGCACAACUCAUUCCUGUGUCCUUUGUACUAGGUUUCUAUGUGACCCUUGUGGUGUCACGCUGGUGGGGCCAGUUUGAGAGCGUUCCAUGGCCAGACCGCUUGGCUGCCUUGGUGGGGGGUCAUGUUCGGGGAGCAGAUGAGGGGGCCAGACUGAUCCGCAGGAGUCUGGUGCGUUACGCUAACCUGUCCGGCGUCCUCAUCUACCGCUCCAUCAGCACUGCUGUCUACAAGAGGUUCCCCACAAUGGAGCACCUGGUACAGGCAGGGCUAAUGACAGUAGAGGAGCUGAGGCAGCUGGAGGAACUGCCGUCUCCUCAUAAUAAGUUUUGGGUUCCCUGUAUGUGGUUUGUCAGCCUGGCACUUAGAGCAAGGACAGAGGGACGCAUCAACAACGACGUCGCACUCACUGCUAUUCUAAACGAGUUAAGUACGUUGCGCUCUCAGUGCAUGAAGCUGUACAGUUAUGACUGGAUCAGUCUGCCACUUGUAUACACUCAGGUGGUAACUGUGGCUGUAUACAGUUUCUUCUUGGCUUGUCUGAUUGGUCGGCAGUUUCUUGACCCCACCCAAGGCUACCCAGGUCACGACCUUGACUUCUAUCUUCCUGUCUUCACCCUGUUGCAGUUCUUCUUCUACGUCGGCUGGCUCAAGGUGGCAGAGCAACUCAUAAAUCCAUUUGGGGAAGAUGAUGAUGACUUUGAAACAAACUGGCUGGUGGAUCGCAAUUUACAGGUAUCUCUGCUGUCAGUUGAUGAUAUGUAUGAUCUAGUUCCAGUAGUAGAGAGGGAUAAAUACUGGAAUGAAUCAGAGCCCCAGCCUCCUUAUACAGCUGCCAGUGCUGAACACCGAAAACCCUCAUAUAUGGGGUCUGCUCUGGACAUCAGUGUUCCCAAAGAGGAGAUGGAGUUCCAGCACAAUCUGGAGCAGAUCAAGGAACACGAAGAGGCUAACCAUUCCACUCCUCUUCUAGGCAGUCUGAGUCGUCUGUUGGGUGUGCAGUCUCCCAGUUUUCCUCGCGCUACUCCUUCCUCCAGAGUUUCUCUCCUUCGCCGCCGUCCCCGAGCUCCUCUCAGCCGUUUCCCUCUAUACCUUCACUCUGAGGCUAUCGCCAUGGCUGGCCAUGGCCACAGCCCAUCAGAACGAGACAUGGCCGAGUACGCUUUUUCGUCCAUGCCCCUUUAUGAGAGACCUGGCUUCUACAGUUGCCCACAGACGCCCAUUCACUGUGUUCCCCCGCCUGUCCACAGGCCCCGUCCCCCCCGCAGGCUACAGGGCGACCUGGCACAAAGUUCUAGUUCCCUGGCUCACCCUCUGCUGGGGUCACAGCAGUUGCUUCCUCCAGAUACCCCUGGUCAUAUCCCACCCCUGCCAUCUUCGGCUUUCCCCUGGGUGGGAGGGGAUGGGGAACUCCCGCCUGCACCCACUUUCUCUUUCCCUGACCCUCCGCCCAAACCACGGCCCACUCAGGGCCUCCUGUCCCAUCGUCCUUUGCCUCCUCGUCUCUCUCUUGAUACCCCUCCCCCAAUGGACACACAGCCAGGACCUGCCAGCGCCCGUGGUGGUGGAGAGAGGGUGUUCUCAUUCAGCCCUCCCUCACGGAAUGUCAUCCAGACCAGCACAAGCUCAGGGUGCGCAAACUCCCCCAGCACGACCAACAGCAAUAACAACAUCAUCAACAGCACAGGUAGCCUCUGCAAUGGCACUGGACCUGCAGGCAGCUCAGUAAACAACCUACGACCCAUCAACAGAAGCACCACAGCCCUGACCAACACAGCUAAUGCAGUCGCUCCUGCUGCUAUGGCAUUACCACAAACAACCAAUCAGCACAACUCACCCAAUGAUUCUGGGAUUUCACUGUCUGAAGGGGAUUUGAUUGGUGGGUUGGUGCAGAGUGGGACCACAAAAGCCAGUUGAGCGAGGGAACAAUACUGAGGCAGUUAAAGAGCAGGGAUGGCCUGCUUCAGUAUAUGGUAAUGCAGAAAAUUCAGAGAACAACACUAGUUGUGUUCAGCAGUGAACUGAAUAAUAGCUCCUUUGACAAGGUUCACAAACAGAUGGACAAUUGUGCAUAAUCAUUGUCACGAUGAAGUGAACUAAAGCAUAAUAAGAAGGAGGACUAUUGAAGUAACUGCAUAGAGCUUGCAUCUUGGAAUAUUACUGUACUAAGAAAAGCAGGCAAACAGUACCUGUGGUCUUACACUCUUAUGGUUGAUCGUCUUAAAACAUCUAAACUUUUCAGAUUUACCCAGGACCAAUUAGAAAAAUAGCAAUCUCAGACACAGUUACUGAUACACAGCAAGGUAUUAAAAUGUAAAAAUGUAAAAAGUAACAUUAGAUUUCUGCAGUAUCUGCAGUAAAAUGUACUGUAAGUCUUGUAUUAACCUCUUGUUAACGUUAUUUGUUGCUCGGGUAAAAGUGAGAGGUCAGUGCAGGCAGAGGAAAAUGGCAAAGGGCAGUGUAAAAGAAUAGUAGUUGUAGCUUUUCUCAAACUGUGACAAAAUCCAACCAUUGUACAUCACAUUACUGUGUCUUUUGUCAUGUUUUGUUCUGUUAUAUAUAGUUGGUGACUUUUUUUGUUCUGUGGUGGCUUAAAUAGACUUUGUUGGUAACCCUUUCAGAACCAUGUGUACAGAUUUUUGCAUGUUGACAUCACUACUCAGUAGUCAGGUGUUUUCUCACCUGAGAUUUGUUAAAGUACAAAUCUCAACUUUGCCCACGUUCAUAUUAGUGAAUACACAGGCUGAACAAACAAUAGUGAAAUAAUAGUGGUUCCUGGCACAGGUAGCCUAGACAACUGUCUAGGGGGGCAACCUGCCUGGGCUGGCAUUCUGAAAUCAUUGUAGCCCCCCACGGAUCAGCCCUGCCUUAAGGCUUGGGUAGCUGACACUUUCUAAAUCAUGUUAUUAAAGGGGAAUGCCCAGAUUUUUCAAAAUUCUGUAUAAUUAAAUCAUUGAGUAGGGCUGGUACAAGCUUAAAAUGUCUCUGGCACACUCUGUAGUGAUGUAAAUUCACAGUUAAAAUGAACAGAUAUAAUACAAUUUAUAAAACGGAUACAAAGUACACUAAAAUGCAUUUUUAUAAA